UUUACUUCCCUCCCACACUCCAAAAUGCUCUAUAAAUUUCUCUCUUCCUCACCAUUCUUCUCUACCCUCCUCCCACCUCCGCCACCGUCUCCGCCUUCGACACCACCACCUCACCGUCUGCCCGAAGAAGCCCUUUCGAUCUCUAACAAGAGUUGUUCGUCUAUCAUAUUCUUUAUAGAGGGAAAAUUUAGUAGUCUCUAUUGUGUGUGGCUUUUAUCUAUAGAGAACAGAUCAAUGGCGAUCAUCUCACUGAUAACUGGAUGGCCGGGGCCGAGCGGGUUUGGAUCGGCCUCCACGGCGGAGCAAGUGACUCUUGGGAUCGACGCCACCAACCUUACCGCCAUUGUCACCGGUGGAGCAAGUGGGAUCGGAUUGGAAACAGUGAGAGUUUUAGCGAUGCGAAAGGCACACGUGAUUAUAGGUGCGAGGAAUUUAGAUGCGGCAAAUAAAGCAAAACAACAAUUGCUUGAAGAAAAUCCAUCUGCUAAAUUGGAUAUUCUCAAGCUUGAUCUUUCCUCCAUCAAAUCCACAAGAGAAUUUGCUGAGAAUUUUAUUGCUCUCAAUCUCCCUCUCAACAUUUUAAUAAACAAUGCUGGUGUAAUGUUCUGCCCAUUUCAGCUUUCUCAAGAUGGGAUUGAGAUGCAGUUUGCCACCAACCACCUUGGUCAUUUUCUGCUAACAAAUUUGCUUCUUGAGAAAAUGAAAAACACUGCAAAAACCACAGGAAUUGAGGGUAGAAUUGUGAAUUUGUCAUCUAUAGCUCACGUCCACACUUAUGGAGAUGGAAUUCGCUUCAAUAAAAUCAGUGAGAAGAAUGGGUAUUCUGAUAAAAGAGCAUAUGGGCAAUCAAAAUUAGCAAACAUCUUACACGUCAAGGAGCUCACUCGUCGAUUCCAAGAAGAGGGUGUGAACAUAACGGCAAACGCGGUGCAUCCGGGGCUAAUAAUGACGCCUCUUAUGAGGCAUUCUAUGCUUCUCAUGCGGCUUUUGCAAGCUUUCACCUUCUUUAUCUGGAAGAAUGUCCCUCAGGGGGCCGCGACGAGUUGCUACGUGGCACUUCACCCGAGCUUGAAGGGGGUGAGUGGGAGAUAUUAUUUGGACUGCAACGAGAAGCGCCCAAGCUCCUCUGCUAGAGACGAGACACUCGCUAAGAAACUUUGGGACUUCAGCAACAAUUUGAUAAAUUCCAUCUCUAAAGUAUGAAACGACGUGGUUUAGGGCCCUCAAAGUCACAUCUCAACUCAACUCUAUAAAAGGAAUUAAGGCAAAUAAAUACAUUGUUGUUUUAUUAAGAACUUUGUUAUAUCUUAGUCUAUAGUUUUUUAUGCCAUGGGGAUUGGAAGCUCCUACUAUUAUUAUUGGUGUGGUUAUUCAAUUCACAUUGUUUGGUAAUUAUGAAAUUCGAGCCAUUAACUUA